ACGUAACGCUUCCAUUUUUUUCACCGAGCCGAUUUCGUUUUGUUUUGAUCCGCCCAUCUCAGAAUGCUACCGUCGAGGCUGCCGAGCGCGUCAGUGCACUGUUCGUUGCGUUACCGAGUUGUCACCGUCAAGCAACCAGCCGCCGCAAGAAUAUACCCCAGAGGAAAUAUUUUGUUUGCCCACCUUACAUAGUCCUCCGCGGGCCGGAUAACACCCGCCUUGAUUUUAAUUUCAACUGUGAUUUUGCUGUGCUUGUUUGGGCAUUGAUAUUCAGUGCAAGCUGGAGAAGAUGACUGAAGAAGCGUUGGUAAAGGAGAGGACGAAGCUUCGAGGUAAGGCUACAAAGCUGGUCAAUGAUUUAAAAGAGUACAGAGCAGGAUCUGUGGAUCAAGAUGAUCUGGCUUACAAAAUCCAUGUUUUGAGUCAGCUGGAGGAGCAGAUGGUGUCACUGCAGGGUGUGCUCAGUUCUAAGGGUGUACCCGAUGAGACGUCUCAUAUUGAUACUCUGAGGGAAGAGGUGUUCAAGGCUCGGCGUCAGCUGAUCAGGAUUGAGAGUGCUGUAGUGGCUCCCCCCGCCCCAACUCAGUCUGAUGUCACAGAUCUCAGGGUGUCUGACGUCAAGUUGCCAGUGUUCGGUGGGGACUUCCUGCAGUGGUCAGAGUUUUGGGACCUCUACGAAGUUGCUGUACACACCAACCCAAGGUACGCAACUGUACAGAAAUUUGUCUUACUUAAGAGUCACCUGUCUGGUCUUGCACUACAGUGUAUCAAGGGCAUACCAGUGUCUGACGUGUGUUACGACUCUGCUGUGGACACAUUGAAGGACAGGUUUUGUCAAACUGAGAGAGUAAAAGAGGAGAUAAUUAAGGGGCUGCUGAACAUGCCGUGUGCAACCGAUGACUUGACCUCGAUGAGGUCUUUUAUUGAUCAUCUGACGUCUCACGUGAGGACUCUAACAGCGAUGGGAGUCGGCUGUGACAGUUUUUCCAGCCUGCUGCUACCCAUAGCAAAAGGAAAACUGCCUGAGCCGUGGAGACUGGAGUGGGCGCGGCAGCAUCAGCCGUCUCCAGGACUGGAGGAGUUCCUGCAGUUUCUCCAGAGGGAGAUGAACAUCCGAGAGGAGGCUGGCUUCUGCAGUAAGCGUCCAACAGCCCAGGAGAGAGGCUCCCCACCCACAGUGAGUGCUCUUGCGGUCAGUCAGAGUCGAGUCAGCCCAGCCCCAGCCAGUGUAUGGACUUGUGCAGCAUGUACCAAGUACAAGCAUGGCCUGAACAAAUGUUUUGCUUAUCAGAGGAUGUCUGUGGAGGAAAGAUGGGCAGUAGUGAGGAGAGCUGGGUUGUGUUACCAAUGUCUCGGACCCCACCUUGUUCGUCAGUGCAAAAGCAGGUCAUGCACGGUGUGCGGUGCUGCACAUCACACGUCUCUGCAUGCCGCUCCUGCUGCUGCGCUGCCUGCAGUCCCUGCUCGUGUAGCCGCACCUCCAGCGGCUCCUGGGCAUGCUGCUGCAGCACCUCAGGCUCAUGCGCACGCAUCUGCUCUGCCUGCUGCUCCUGCACCUGGCGCUGGCAUGGAUCCGCCUGCUGGUAAGCAGCCCGUGUAUGAUGUUCGUCAAACUUGGCAGCCCGGCUAUAGGUGGCAGCACUGUUCGGCAGCGGUGAGUGCUGACUGUGUUGGCAAUGACAUGCAUGGCCAAGUGUGCUACAACCAAACUGUACUGGUUGAUGCUGUUGGGCCCCUGGGCACUAAACAGGUCCGUGUCAUGAUUGAUGGGGGAUCAGACUCUUCAUUCAUCAGGGCCUCUGUCGCUGAAGAGCUCGGGCUGGCGGUACUGGGACAGGGGACAUUCGCCUGUAUUGGAUUCCCUGAGCGUGUUGAGGAGGCACGCACCUAUGACCAGGUCAAGGUGACCUUGAGGAGCCGUCACACAGGUGAGGGAAAGGAGCUCCAGUUCUGGAAGAGUGAUCGCUUGUGUGCGCCUGUAAAUGACAGAAAACCCGACUUUUUGUCGCUCCCAAGUGGUGUGAAGCUGGCUGAUGAUUACCAGGGGGGACCUGUUGAUCUGUUGAUCGGCCUGGAUCAGAUGUACCAUGUUGUGCUGUGGAACCAUGUCCAGGUCUCACCAGCUCUCAGGCUGAUCGAGACGAUCUUCGGACACGUGCUGCACGGAGCAGCGCCGAGCCAGCAGCAACCAGCGCGCCGACACGUCUACCGAUGCCAAACCGUGGAGCAGAUGUGGACACUGGACGCCGUGGGGGUCGCCCAAGAUGAAGUGAGUACCUGUAUGCCUAACUUUGAAGAACCUACCUGGGUUCCUGCUGCGAAUCGCUACGAGAUGUCGUUGUUGUGGAAGUCGGACCGUCGCCCCGUCGCUAACCUGGCUGUUGCAGAGAGUCGCACCCGCCGUAUGACCGAGAAGCUGACCGCAGAGGAGUUCGACGAGUACGACAGUCACCUGGCCAACCUGAGGAAGACCGGCGUCAUCGAGGACGCGCCCAUCGCUGAAGAUCGAGAGUCUGCGUUCUACCUACCGCACCACGGGGUGCAUCGGAACGGCAAACUACGCGUGGUGUACGACGGCUCGGCAGCUGACGGCAGCGGCUACAGUCUCAACUCGUACUUGGAAUCUGGUGAGAAUCUGCUCAGUCGAGUGCCUGCUGUCCUGCUGAACUUUCGCAGAGGUCCGGUGGCCUGUCAGACGGACAUCCAGGCCGCGUUUCACCAGAUUCUUGUACGCCUAGAGGACAGACCUUACCUGCAGUUCUUUUGGCUGGAUCGUGUGCUGAGGUUCCAGAGAGUACCAUUUGGUUUGAAGUGUUCGCCGUAUAUGCUGCUGCAGACUGUUAACACCCACCUCAGGUACCAGAGCGCGGAGCAGGACCUGUGCGAUAAGGUGCGCUCCGGUCUGUAUAUGGAUGACAUAUGUCUCACCUUCUCUAGCAAGGAUGAAGCCUGCAGAGCGAUGGAGAAGACUCGCGUGAUAUUCCAGGAGGCUGGAAUGUCUCUGCACAAGACGCGAGUGACCGGGGACGUGUGUGAGGAUGCGCCUGUCCUGGGUCUGAUGUGGAGCACCACUCGUGAUGAGCUCGCUGUGGUUGUCCCAGAGUCGACCUGUCCUGUAACCAAAAGUCAGCUGCUGUCUGCUUUAUCACGACCGUUUGACCCGCUUGGUGUACUCGUGCCAUGGAUCAUUCGUGGAAAGGUCCUCUUCCAGGAGACUUGGAGGACUAUGCCGCCCGGCGUGUGGGAGGAGAGGCUGCCGGAAGCACUUCAGGCAGAGGUCAGAGCCUGGUGGGCCUCAGCCCGUCAGCUGAUAUGGUUUCCCCGACCGUGUACCAUUACCUUAUCGGAGGAAGCGACGUAUCACGUGUUCUGUGAUGCCUCAGCCGUCGCCUUCUGUGCCGCUGUGUAUGCUGUGCAGGGUGGGGAGGCGAAGCUCCUGAUCGCCCGGAGCCGACUCGCCCCCCUCUCCACCCAGCUGACCAUCCCCCGCCUGGAGCUGAUGGGGGCCUUGAUUGGGGCGCGUUUGAUGGAUUUCGUUAGGAAGUCGUUGAACAUGUCGUCUCCUACAGUGUACUUUUGGACAGACUCUAUGGACGUCAUCUACUGGAUCUCCUGUGGGAGACCACGGAAGCUCUUCGUGGAGAAUCGCGUCUCGGCCAUCCUCCAGCUCUCGCGCGCGGACCAGUGGCGACACGUCAGGGGUGAGGAGAACCCAGCGGACCUCGGCACAAGAGGUAUGUCUCUCGAGUCACUGGCGAAGAGUGCCAUGUGGUGGCACGGACCGAAGUUUAUCGUUGAUGGCGUGGACACUGUUGAUGUGUUGCCUGUUCCAGCUGAGCCCAGCGCUGACGCGAUUCAGGAGCUGAAGCCGACCAAGACUGGUGAGUCGAGACGUGUGGAGGCCUGCACUGUGAGUCGGGACUCAGAGCGGCCGCCGACCGUAUCCCUGUUCGAUGUGACUGAAUGUUCGUCGUUGAAGCAGGCGGUGAACCGCUACGCCUGGGUAUUGAGGUUCGUUGACAAUGCCCGCAGACCCCGAGCGGAGAGAGAGGAUUCUUCGCAGCUGACCACCGAAGAGAGGAGGCGCGCACUGCGGCUGCUAAUCGGGGAAGCGCAAGAGAGGCACUUCGGAUUGGAGCUCGAGGCUCUCCGCGCUUGCCAACCUCUCCCGGGCACCCGCGUGACGCUCGCUGUAGCUGCCGCAGAGUACAUGGUGAGGCGGCGAGCUGUUCGCCGUGUCGUCGACACCUGCACCCGAUGCCGGAGAUACCGCGGCCUGCCGUACCGAUCGCCGGAGGGUGCGCUGCCGACGUUCAGGACCCAGCCUGCACGACCGUUCUCCAAAGUGGGAGUUGACUUCAUGGGGCCACUGUAUGUGGACGGGCACCAGAAGAAGGUAUGGAUUUUGUUAAUCACCUGUGCCACCUCACGAGCGGUACACCUAGAACUCGUCCGCUCUCAAGCGUCGUCUGACCUCAUCAUUGCAUUAAGGCGCUUCUUUGCACUGCGAGGCACCCCCAUUCUGGUCUACAGCGAUAACGCUCGCACCUUUCACGCGCUGACCGGUCACCUUCCCCACUCUGUGACGUGGAAGUUUAUCCCCGAAUCGGCCCCGUGGUGGGGGGGAUAUUGGGAACGACUUGUAGGAGUUACCAAGAAGGCUCUGAGAAUAACACUGCACCUGUGCCAUCUCAGCUUCGAGGAGCUGUCGGUUACUCUAUAUGAGCUGGCUUUUGCGAUCAAUUUGCGACCUCUCACUCAGGAUGACGGAGAGAAUGUUCUCACACCCGCCCACUUCUUGUUCGGUGUUACUGCUAUCAAUGGGGUUCUCUGUCCAUCUCUGAACGAGUCUCCAAUCACCAGGGCCUGGAGACAUCGGAGGCGAGUGUGCGACCACCUCAACCGGCGAUGGAUAUCUGAGUACCUGAGUGCCCUGCGGUGCUGGAGCACCUCUCCGCGCGGCCGGCCGAGUCGUGUCCCCGGCGUCGGCGACGUCGUCCUGGUGCGAGACGAGGGGCCGCGCGGCGGGUGGCCGCUGGCCCGCGUCGCCGAGCUGCUGCGUGGGCCGGACGGGCAGGCUCGCGCCGCGGUGAUAGUGCUGCGCGGCAGGACCACGCGGCGCCCUGUCAACAAACUCUACGCGCUGGAGGCCGCCGGCGAGUAGGCCUGCGAUGGUGACUGUUAGCGCGCCGCUCGCAGUGAAGUGUUGUGUUUUGUUGUGUUUGAAGUGCCUGUUUUACCGUGUGCAAUUGUAACCGGUUUUCGAAGUUCAUAGAACUUCGAGUGGGGAGAAUGUUAUGAAUUCGUGGUCUUGUUCCUUUUUUUACCUUCACCCGUGCGUAUACUAAUGUAACCUACCUUUCCUACCCCAGUAAAACUUUCCUUUAUUUGCCCGCCCUUUUCCUGAAUCCUUCACAAUUAGGUUGUGACGUAACGCUUCCAUUUUUUUCACCGAGCCGAUUUCGUUUUGUUUUGAUCCGCCCAUCUCAGAAUGCUACCGUCGAGGCUGCCGAGCGCGUCAGUGCACUGUUCGUUGCGUUACCGAGUUGUCACCGUCAAGCAACCAGCCGCCGCAAGAAUAUACCCCAGAGGAAA